UUUCUAUUAGACACUGUCCUUUUAAAUAAAUGAUUACAGUGUAUUAUGACAUAUCCUUACUGCAACCAUCAAAAACAUCAAUCAAAGGUUUAAUAGUUAUAAUGGCUCAUAAUGGGAAUUGCGGCAAUUGUUUUAAUAGAAAUGUCGAUGGUCUCUAUACAUAUCAAUAGCCUAAAUAGAAUUGUUGGUUUUAAUGACAUUUAAAUGCAACAUUUAAAAUCUGUAUUUUUUGUUAUUUUUAGCAUAGAAAUCCAAUGUUAAUUUUCAAACUGCUGUCAAUGUUUAAUCGUUUCCAGUCUUAAUUUCACGUAGCCUCAAAACCUAAUAGUUAACUAACUAUAUUAUAUAUGGUCCCUCUCCUGUGUCUCCCCCCCGUCGUCUUUCUCGCAGAUGGUGUGCAAGUUUGCCCCUCCGUGUUGUUGCAAUAACCUCGGGGUACCAGAUUUCUCACCCUCACGCUGCGGCGCACUGUUUACACAACUGGAGAAGCCUUCACACCAAAAUGUCUAUAGCACCCUCUAUCCCGAUCAUUUGGCAAACAGCACCACAGCCUCCCCAAACCCCCUCCUAAAAAAGGCUGAAGUCAUUUGGCAUUGGCACCAGAGUUCUAUCUCCGCCCCUGCGGCUCCAGCUUAAUAUAAACCCGGAGAGCGACUCCGCUUCAUUCAUUCACUUCCCUGCGGAGGACAGCGACUCAUCUUCCACCAACAGGACCAUCGCUCGAAGAUCUUCCAAACCAGGACUAUUUGGGACUAUCAGCCCACGAAAACAGACAUGAAUUCUGUGUGUUUUGCCGCUCCUCUUUCUAACACACUGAAGAUGCAGCAUCCAAACAGCAGCCCAGCUUCCCUGUGGAGACCGUGGCUCGUGACCAGAAAGGAUUCACGAACUGAAUGCCGGAGAAUGAAGCUGGCCUGUCCUUACGCCAGGCCAGAAGUACACGGCAACACAGCAACAGAUGGCAAAACGCAGUCUUUCCAGCACCCUGUCAGGCUUUAUUGGCCCAGAUCAAAGUCUUUUGACUACCUCUUCAGCGAUGGCGAAGCUCUGCUCAGAAAUUUCCCCGUUCAGGCCACCAUCAACUUUUAUGACGAGUCAGACAGCGAGGAUGAGGAAGACAGCUGUGAGGACGACGAAGACAGCGACAAUGAAGAGUGUCUUAAACUUAAAGGACACUUCACCAGCUACAACUGAGUCUUCAAAUCUAUCCUUGUUUGUAACUCUACGGUUCUGUGAUUUAAAGGAUGCUGAGAAGUUCACAAACUCAAUACAGUCACUGGAUAAGACCACCUUAUUACAUGCUCCAUCAGAGAAGUCAAUGCAUUAAUAAUUCAGUGUUUGGACAUCUUAUUUUCUCUCAGAACAGAACAGAAAAGAUAAGUCUUGCAUAUAAGUAAUUCUUGUUGGAACAGCAAAGUGCAUUCCCACAUUGGGAAGUGAUGUUUCAGAUAUAUCUCAGGGUUCUUGCCUUUUCUUUUUUGUACAUAAAAGUCUAUUUGUAUUCUAUUAUUCACAUGCUUAACUUAUAACGUUUGUGUAUAAAUGUAUUUAUGCCAGAUUUUCUACUUUUGUACUUUUGGGUUAAAAUUAAAUCUAUUUAAAUGAG